AUGGCAAGAGUAUCAACUUUUGGUUGGAUAAUUGGACUGAUCCACAACAAUAUUCAAGUAGCUAUUCCCUCCCUUCUUGGCAUAGUUUCUGCUUAUUCAGUUCCUGCAGUUGAGGUUCAGGAUCUCUUUGCUUGGAAAAAUUCCAUCAGUGGCAUUUUAACUUUGAAAGAAGCUUAUAAUUUGGUCACUCAGCCUAGUUCUAACUCUACUUGGAAGUCCUUUCCUUGGGAUAAAGAUUCUCCUCCUUCUCACUCUAUGACAGUUUGGAGAUUAAUGCACAACAAGAUUCCUACUGAUGAUAACUUGCAAACUCGAGGGUUCUUGUUUCCAUCAUUGUGUACCCUCUGCUCUACUUGUAGUGAAACUUCUAAUCACUUCUUCUUUGACUGUAAAUAUGCUAACAACAUCUGGAAUUGGUUUUCUAGUAUCAUCAAUGUGAAUUUCAGUAUCCUAAGUAUAGAGGACUGCAAAAAGACUAUCUCCCUAAACCGGUCCCCUCAAGCAAAGGCUGUUAUUCAUGCUAGCAUUGUUGGCAUAAUUCAUCAUGUCUGGAAUGCAAUAAACCAGGCCAGAUUCAAAGAUAAAAUCAUAUCAUGGAAAUCUUGUGCUUCCAAGAUAAAGGCCUAUGCGAAGGUUGUGGGAAAUCAUAACAAGAGAGCUUCCAAUGGAUCUAUGCCAAGCUUUUCUCUUCUCAAACAGUUUGACAUAAAUAUUCAACCAAGCAAUUUUGCUAUAACUUUAGAUGUCAUUUGGUCUCCUCCUCUCUCGGGAUGGAUCAAAUGCAAUGUGGAUGGUGUUGCCAAGGGAUCUCCAAGCCUUGCUGCUUGUGGUAGGAUCUUUAGAGACCACAAUGUUAAUCAUAUUGUUAGUUUUAGCUCUUAUCUAGCUGAGGAAUCUGCUGAAACGGCUGAGUUCAUUGCUCUUAUCACGGCUCUUGAAUUGGCUAAAGAAAAGAAUUUUGAUAAGAUAUAG